AUGUAUCAUCACAGCGUGCUCACUAGAAACCUCUUCACCACUUGUACAACCUUCACAAUGAAACACUCAUUCAAUCUUGCCAAGAACAGGAGCCAUUCGAAUUUUUGUCUUGCAAAUUUCCGAUCGACCUUCCGAAAUCAUGAUCAUUCGAAUCAAUGUUGUGAUUUGCAUCAUUUUGCAGAAGUGAAUCAAAAGGAAAAGUCACCCCAUGAAAUUCUUGAAAAGUUACAAAAUACUUCUCGAUCACCACAAGAAACACCCCACAAGAACUUGUUCGGAAAAUUGAAAGUCGACAAAGAAGGAGUCAAAUAUGAAAUGAAUGAAAAAUCGCAAAAGAAUGAAACACACCAAAAUCAGAGUCAACAACAACAAUCGAAUAAGGAUCAACAACAAUCGUUGGCAAACAAGUUUAAGAAGAGUUUGGAAAAUUCUCGAGAUUUGAUGUGUAAUAAGAAACGACAUGAUGUCUUGUUGCAACAAAAGUCAGAAUAUUUCUUGUAUUUGUAA